AUGGCAAAUUUUAAUGGGAAUUCCAAUCCAGAUUAUAUUAAUCUAUUACCAGUUGAAUUCGCUCAUACGGCAUUAGAUUUAGAUUGGAAUGACGAUGAAGUGUUUCGUGCUGGAUAUCCGUUCUCAGAUAUUCCAGAAAUAGAAUCAAACGAAGGCUGCGCGUCAUACAAUAUUAACUCAAUAUUUGCUGAUAAUUUUGGUCAACCGAGCGUUGCUAUUCCAAUACCGAAAGAAAAUGAUCAAUUAACUGAAUUAUCAGUUCAACGACAAAAAAAGGAAGUAGAUAGUCGAUUAGAAGCGAAUCUCAUAGACGCACGGAAUAAAAAUUAUGAAAUACAUCCAAGUCAAUUAAUCAAUUAUGAUAAUGAAGAGCUUGACGAUGGUCAUGAGAAUGAUGUUAAAAAUCAAAUUAGCAUCGUCAACAUUGAAACUCUUCAACCAUUGGAUCAUGUUCAAACAAAAAAUUGA